AUGACCAGUCCCAACCAGCACGGAGUGCCUCGAGCUGCUUCGCUCCAAGACCGGUCGGAGCAUGCGAGGGCAAGGGAGCUCCAGAAGAUUCAGAAAUAUCAGGCAUUGGACCAGCUUAGAGCCGAAAAUGACUACAGUGAAGAUGCAUUGAAGAAGACAUCUGAACUGCUGAUGGACAAUGCCGAAUACUACUCGAUAUGGAAUUAUCGCCGCCUAAUCCUACAAUCACAGCUUGAGGAGAUUAGUAUAGGCACCGAUUCUGACCCUGCAGGUGGCCAAAGCAUGCAGCAACUGAUCCAGGAGGAACUGAGAUUCCUGGUGCCUCUGCUUCGGCAGUUCCCCAAAUGCUACUGGAUUUGGAACCAUCGAUUAUGGGUCUUGAAGGAAACCAUUGAUCGACUACCACCAGCCGUGGCACGAAAGUUCUGGCAAGAAGAACUCGCUCUGGUGGGAAAAAUGCUCAGCUUGGAUGGAAGAAAUUUCCACGGUUGGGGAUACCGGCGGGAGAUCGUUGCUGUCCUCGAGUCUCUGGGUGCAGGGGUCGAGGUUUCAGAAGCUGAGGUGCAAAAGCACCAUUUGACCGAAGAUGAAUUGAAUUAUACCACGAAAAUGAUUAGGGCCAACUUGUCGAACUUUUCUGCCUGGCAUAAUCGAUCUAAAUUGAUUCUAAAACUGUUGGACGAACGUUUAGCCGGCGACGAGGAGCGGAGGAAGAUGCUAGAUAACGAGCUCGAACUGAUACACCGUGCUUUGAUCGACCCGUAUGAUCAGUCCUUGUGGUUUUAUCACCAGAAUCUUAUGUGUACGUUCGACCGGACCACGGCUCCGAAAGGCAUGGCUCCCAACAUGGAUGACGAGGAACGACUCGGCUAUCUGAACCGGGAAAUCGACGCUAUUGCUGAGCUGCUGGACGAGGAGGAGGACUGUAAGUGGAUUUAUCAGGCACUGAUAGAGUGCAGUUUGAUUGUCCGGAGGAUACAAGGUACGAUGUCAGCUGAAGUAAAGCAACGUAUUUCCGACUGGCUUUUCAACCUGAAACGCCUUGAUCCCUUGAGAAAGGGUCGAUGGGAAGACUUGGAGCAGUCACUCAUGAUUUAA